CCUAGAUCUGGUCAACUGCACCGCAGAGCAAAGUAAAGUGCUGUUCAAUGCUGCCAGAGCAGCAUUUCCCAUAAACACUCGCUCAGUUGCUGAUGACGUGACCUCCUUCCAGCUAACAAAAUCUUACAUGAAGGGUGCAGAUUUAGACUAUGUCCAAAGUCUGGUGGGCUCCAAUGUCAACAUGGACUUGGGUACCUUCAUCACAAUGGAUCCCAGCGUUGUACUGAGCCUGACUGUAAAUCAAGUUAAAGAUCUUCUUGGCAAAAACCUGCCAACGUUGAAGAGAUAUGAGAACCAACCACUGGUACAGAACUGGAUUCGAAUGCAGUACCAGUCACAGCUUGACCAACUGAACCUGGGGCUGGUGGGCGGUCGGGCUGACCCCACCAACACCUCUCCUGCUACUGUAACCAACAACCCCUCAGCAUCAGCAUCAGCAUCAGCAUCUACUUCCAUGUCUGGAGCCACCACUUCUGGAACCACCAUUUCUGGAGCUACCACCAACAGCACAACCAUUUCUACCACCAAAGGCAGCGGUACCCGCAUCCAAGCAGACGCUGGCUUCUCUCUCUUUAUUCUCAUGGUGUUCUUCGUCACAUGUCAGCACAGUCUAAUGUGAGCAGGACUCACAUGACUGAUUAGUGAGAUUCACAGUCCACAGUGGUGAAGUGGAAAAGAGGAUGUCAUAAUGUGAUGUAAAUAUAAACCAGUACUGUCAGGAUUACCCAAAAUCAGUGGCAUAGAACUUAUUAUGAACAAUUUCAUGUGCAAUAACAACACAAUAGAUGUAGACAAUGCAUCUUGUUUAGCUACUGUAUGCAUGUAUGUAUGCACACGCACAAAGCACUUAUUUUUAUGGGCUUAUCUGCUUUGUCUUUCUCCUGGUGGUUCAUUUGAAUGGAAAAAUGAAGGUGACAAUUUAUGCUGUAAUCUAUUGACCUAAAAAAGGCAUUUGACACAAUC